AUGGACUCGAUUACAGCUUCAAAGUCUCGUUUAGAAUUUGCCAAGGUUUGUGUUGAAAUUGGGGCCUCGGAUAUGAUUCCAAAACACGUUGAUGUUAUCCUGAAUAAUGGACAAUCAACUUCAAUAUUUGUUGAAGUUCCCUGGUCUCCCCCCUGUUGUAAAUCUUGCAACACAUUUGGUCAUAGUACUAAAAUUUGUAAGGCUAUUCCUGUUGUCCCUCAAACUACCCAAGUCUGGAGGAAAAAGGAAGUCCCUUCUUCUUAUAACACUCAAUUAACAGAAGACUCUGUUGAAAAGGAGAAUUCUACUCUUGUUGCUUCAUGUUUAGAGAAAUGCCCUUCUAAGGAAAAUCCUGAAAGUAUUAUCUUAGCAUCUGAUCUUAACUCUUCGGCUGUUUCUCUAGAUGCUCCAAUUUCUCAAGAAACUCCUCUACUCUCUUCUCCUAGCACAGAAGACGCCCCAGCUCUUAAUACUGUUAAUGAUCCUUCUUCUACAGCUCUUCAAAGUCAGGUUGACACCUCACAAACUACUGUCUCCUCUCCCUCCAAAAAAGGCAGAGGUAGACCACCAAAAAUAAAACCUAACAAAGCUCUAGCAGGUUCCGGUAAUAGGUUUGAAAUUCUUACUACAAUUGAAGAAUCUCAACCUUGUCCUGACAUCCAUGUUAAACUACCAAGGAAAGCUGCUUCGGAGUAG